GCCAGCAGCGGGAAGGGCGGCGGGGGCUCACCGAGGGAUUGCACCGGCGCCCCGCCGCUGGCCGCAGCCCGGCCCGCAGCGGGAGGUGUCGCCGCUUCGCGGUCUGCGUGUGACGGGGGCGGCGUUUGCUGGCAGCCCGGACCCGGGAGUGGAGCGGCCGCGCGGCAGCACCUUCAGGGUUUUUUACUUUCGUGUUGUUUUGCUGCUUUAAUUACGGAUUUUUUUUCUGGUUUUCCAGGUAAAAUAUUUGUUUUGAGGAAGGCGGUGUUCACGCUGCCAGUCGGCGAAGUGCCCACAAUCAGGGGACUGGGGGGGGGGGGGGGAAACAACAAACCUAAAACCCAGGUGCCGAAGAUGGAGGAAGCAGAAGAGGAUGACAUGACAUGUGGAGACUUGGGAAACGGACUUGGGAGAAGACCUGGAGGUGUUUAUGAAGGGGAAAAUUUACAGAACUCCUAUUCAUUCAGAUCAAGGAAGGGAUCUGGAAAGGUUUGUAAUUCUCGCCUGUCGGCAAAGAGAGUGGAGGAAAGUGAUGCUGCAGCUCUUCCUGGUUCAAAACGAAACACUUCUUACGAUGGAUCAUCCAAAAAGCCUGUUACUAGUUCCACACGACGAAAUAGCUGUGUAUCUGCUAUCAAUCCCACAGAAUCUAAUACCAAAAUGUCCAAUGAAGAACUAAUGCAACAACUUCAGGAAGCUCUAGAGGAAGUUGAAAUUUUGAAAGUUGAGCUUGAAGCUUCUCAAAGACAGCUUGAAGGAAAAGAUGAAGCCCUAAGAAUUCUGCAGAGCAUGGCAGUAUUUAAUAAAGCCACUAGUCAUACAAAAGCAAUGCUUCAAAAAACUGAGGAAGAAAAGAGAACUUUAGAAAAGAAAAUAAAUAUUUUGCAAUGGGAAAUUGAAUUUGAUCAGGAUAGAUUUAAAAACAUAGAAGACACAUGGACAGAAAAAUACAACAGGAUCUAUUGUGAAAAUGCAGCUCUUAACGAAGUGUUAAAACUGAGAACAGAAGAAAUUAGAAGUCUUAAAGCUGAAAAUACAAUCCUGAAACAGCAGUGUUUGGAAUUUCUUGCAAUGCUAGAUGUGAAACAACAAAAGGUUGUUCAGGAAAACAUAUUCUUGAAUAAAAGUGAUGUUACAGAUUUUACAGGUCUUGAACUGGCAGUUCUUGGAGCCUGCACUUGCAAUACUUCUGGGGGGCAGCCUUGUCCCUGUGCUAAAAUGGCAGCUGUAACUCGAAAGCAACUUCUUCAUCUCAAGCAAGAGAUUGAAAAUCUAAAGAAGAGUAAAGAUGAAGCUUAUAUAAUGGCAGAUGCUUUCAGAAUUGCAUUUGAGCAGCAGCUAAUGCAGAGGAAGGACCAAGCCCUGAGGCUUGCAGAAGUGAUAAAGAUUAAGAAGGAAACGAAAUUUAUGAACUGGAGACGUCUGAAGGAUGAUGGGCAUCUCAAGUUACAAGGGAACAAGAACAGUCUGGGACAAAAACUAUCUGGCCUGCUGUCAUCAGAUGUGGACUGCAGGAAAGUUGAAGAACUAGACAAUCCUCAUGAAAUCCUGAAGAUGUUAAUAGAUUUGGUAAAUGACAAAGAGGAGGCUCUGGCUCAUCAAAGAAAGGUUAGUUACAUGCUAGCUCGUGCCAUGGAGAUGCAAGAGGAUGUUCAGGAACAGGAUAAAGGAAAUGGCACACCCAGAAGUCAUACCCGUGAUGGCCAGAGGUCAUCGGGCCCCGGACAUGCCUGCUGCCCAAACCUCUGUUCCCAAAACAGGACUUCAGCUCCCAGUGCAAAAACACUUGAAAAACCAGUAAAAACGCUUCAAAAGGCACACUCCUGGCCAUCCCACACUACGCACGAUGAAGAAGAUAAUCCACGUGGAAAAGCAGAUUAAAGUAAAGUGCUCUCUAUGUAGCCAUUUGCUGGAAUAAAUUAUUAAAAAAAAAAAAUCUUGUGUGGA